AUGCGUUGAUAUCCUACUACUUGGCACCAGGCUCGGAUGUGCCUCCAUUACCGCAUGGCAAUUCAAAGAACAACCAACUGGCAUACGUUCGAAAAUGUCCGAGUGAAGUGGUGAGACGUUCAAAUGUUCGUGGUAGCAGUAGUGGGAUGAUCACGAAGGGUAGUGGUAAGAGGAGUGGAGGUGAUCCAAUGAACAGUGCUGACGGCAGCGCCAACAAUAACACGGAUUCAUCGGCGAAUAUAUCCGACAUUGACGACAACACUGAGGUGAAUGUGGAGGCGAUGUCCGAUGAUGAGCAGAUGAGCAAAGUGAAUGUGACAAGUCCGGAUAGUCAGGCAAAAUUCUUUGCGAUUUCCGAUGAAGAGAUGACCGAGCGUAUAGCGCAACUAACAAGUGCAAUACCGUUCACGAGAACGUUUAUCGGUUCGAUUAGCGUUCUACCGGUGGGCAUUCUGAGGGCUGAUUCGUUGGCCGUUGAUGUACCGGUGAACCGAAGUGUACCACAAAUAAAUCUGACUGGAAUUGGAGCACAAAUGACAUUCAUAAUCGAUACGACGCGAAUUGGACCCAGCGAACUGGGUGCGGACAAUCUCGGUUCGUGA